AUGGAAAAACUCUCUGCCCAGGAGACGAAUCCGCAACCGAUACCAAAGGAGCAGGUUGCAGACACCCAAGAUGGAUCACAACUCGAUGAAGAAAAGCUCAAGAACUUCUUCAUCGGGUCUAUUGAUCAAGGAACCACAAGUACGCGCUUCAUCAUCUUCGACGGGUUAGGCGAGCCUGUCGCACAACAUCAGAUUGAAUUCACCCAGAAAUAUCCCCAGUCAGGAUGGCACGAGCACGACCCGAAGGAAAUCAUCGCCUCGGUUGAAGAGUGCAUGGAACGAGCAACUUCAAUCUUUGUUGACAUGGAGCAUGAAAUUUCUGACAUCAAGGCCAUUGGCAUAACCAAUCAGCGUGAAACCACUGUGGUGUGGGACACUCAUACGGGCGAGCCAUUGUACAAUGCUAUUGCUUGGCCAGAUACGAGAACCAAGGGCUUGGUUCGCGAGCUCAAAGCCAGGGAUGGUGCGGAUAAACUGCAAGACAUGUGCGGGCUCCCGCUUUCGACAUAUCCCUCAUCGGUGAAGCUCAUGUGGCUGCUUCAACACGUUGAUGCGGUUAAAGAGGCAUACGAUGAAGGCCGCCUGUCAUUCGGCACAAUCGACACCUGGAUCCUGUACAAUCUCAAUGGAGGAAAGGAAAGAGAUCUUCACGUGACGGACACGACAAACGCCUCUAGAACUAUGUUUAUGAAUUUGCACACGGUGCAGUACGACGAUCAACUUCUAGAAUUUUUUGGGCUGGACCAAAAGAAGCUGAACCUUCCAAAAAUUGUUCCCUCGUCGUCACCGGACGCUUUCGGUUCCAUCCAGAAAGGAGAGUUAAAAGGCAUUCGGAUUGCAGGAUGCUUAGGGGAUCAGUCUUCUGCAUUGGUUGGCCAACAAGGCUUCACGCCUGGCGCCGCGAAAAACACUUAUGGCACCGGUUGCUUCUUGCUUUAUAAUGUUGGCGAGAAGCCAGUGAUAUCCCAUCAUGGCUUGCUGGCUACGGUUGCAUACGAUUUUGGCGGUAAGCGCAAGCCUGUGUAUGCGCUUGAGGGAAGUAUUGCUGUCGCUGGGAGUGGUGUAAAAUUCUUGAUGAACAACAUGGGCUUCAUAACUCACUCACACAAGAUCAGUGAUCUCGCAGCAAGUGUGCAAGACAACGGUGGAUGCGUCUUCGUCACUGCCUUCUCCGGGCUUUUCGCCCCGUACUGGAUUGAUGACGCCAAGGGCACCAUUUUCGGCAUCACUCAGUUUACUGAGCGGGGUCAUAUUGCUAGAGCGACCCUUGAGGCGACUUGCUUCCAGACGAAGGCUAUUCUUGACGCCAUGGAGAAGGACAGCGGCCACAAGCUUAACAUGCUUGCGGUAGACGGAGGCAUGUCGAACUCAAAUCUGUGCAUGCAGACUCAAGCAAACAUUAUUGGUAUUCCCGUCGAUCGACCAGCAAUGCGCGAGACAACUGCCCUUGGUGCUGCAAUCGCAGCUGGCUUCGCCGUUGAUGUGUGGAAAGAGUUUGACGAACUAAAAGAGAUCAACCAGAAAGAUCGAGUGAUCUUUGAACCAAACAUUAGCAGAGAGGAAGGUGCAAAAAUGUUCAAGAAGUGGGGCAGAGCAGUCGAAAUGUGCAGGGGUUGGCUCGACGCUGACGAGCAGAACGGCGAGUUUUCAUGA